GGGGUGACUUUGAUAGAUAUAGUUGCUCUAAAUGCCCUGGGGCUGCCCACUCCUCCUCCAGGCCCCUGCACACCUCAGCUUCACAGAGAGUGACAACACUGCUUUUGGCUGGGACACCCUGGAGGCCCUAGAUCCAGAGGCUAUCCAUUAAGAACAUUUGAAGAGAGACCGAGGGUCCUCUGGGAGCUCUGUCCUUGGUUCCCAGAGAGAUGGGUAGGCCUAAGGCAGGAACCAGGGUCGUACAGGUGGAGCUGGGAAGUCUGAGUUAACUUCAGGGCUCUGCUGCCUACCUCCCCAAAAGAGACCUUGCCUUUCCCUCGCCUCACUGGACCUGCCCACUGGGCAACGGCAGGGAAUCAUGAUGGUGUCCCUCACUGGGCUCUGAGUGUGCUCAUCCCUCCUCUACUUUGACAGAGCGUUCAAAGAGGGGCCCCCUCCUGGGGCUCCAUGGCACUAUAGAAUCAUAAAAUGUUAAUACCACAGUUGCCCUCUGUGGCCACUUCCUCCAAACCCCUCAGGGAAACUGAGAGGCCAGAAGAGGCCCAUAGAGCAGGAAUGGACUCCCAGGGAGGAAGGAUGAGGUCCUGCCUUUGUGCUCCGAACCUGCCUCCCAGCCCAAGCUUCAUGCCCCAUCGCUACACUAGGAAACCUUUGUCGCAGCUGCGUGGCAACCACAUGGAAAUCAUAGCAGAGUGACAGGUAAGCAGGGCCCCGAGGCAGCCCUGCAUCCCUGGUGCUCUCUCUGCAUUGGGAGGUGGACUGUUGGGCCACACGGCCCUGUCUGUUGCACUCUGGGAUCCUUCAUGAGGCAUUCCUCCAGCUUCGGGUCCAAGGCAGCCACUCCCAGGGACUCAGCACCAUGGCAACCUCUCCUCCUUCCUCUGCCCUCAUGUAGACAUCAGCCCAUGUCCUCCCCAUGGGUGGGUCAGCCAGGGGAACCUAGCAUCCUCUGGACAUGCCCUCAGUGCCCUGCUCCCGUCCAGAUGCCCCUCUGUUCCAGGUACUCCCUCUCUGUCUGCUACCUGUUCCUGGAGUCAUGCUGCCUUGGGUUACUUCGGAACCAUCUUUCUAGAAUCCAUCCAUGUCCCUUGGGGGCAGAAGCAGAAAUGACCCUUUUCCAGGCACUGACUUCGAAUGCUUGAUGGGGCGGGAACCGGGCAUGGGAUCCAGUAAACUCAGCCCUGGGAACAGAAAUCUCUCCCCAUACUUACCUUCUAUCGUUAGCAGAGUGGCAUCUGGGAGAUCAUGGGAGAUCAGAAAUGGCCUAGUGGGUGAGGACAAGUUCUGCAGCCCAGAAAUAAGGAUUGCAGCCUCCUAGGCUGGAGAGAUGGCUCAGUGAUUAAGAGUACUUGCUGUUCUUCCAGAGAACCCAAGGUUCCGUGAGGACUGAGUGGUGGACUGAGACUCCCCGCCCUGGCAACUGCAGGCAGAACCAUGGAGAGCCUGAGUGAACUACAGAACCCCCUGCUGCCGAGGAGCCCCACCCACCUCCACAGUCCCUACCCCUAUACGGAGGCCCCAGCCAGCUGGUCCUGCCAAGAGAAGCUUUAUUCCUACCUCCUAGGAGGUGCUGGUCCCUCUCGUACCCACCAGCUCCUAGACCCGGGGUCCCUACAGCUGGCCGUGGAGGCUUGGUAUCGGCCCAGCUGCCUCCUGGGGAAGGACAAGGUCAAAGAGCCCAAAGUAGGCAGCUGUGAGACCAGCUUCACCGAGGCCAGGGAGCCCCCAGUGGGGCCCACGGAACAGGGCUCAGAACCUGGUCAAACUGAGGAGGAUGUCACUAUCCACACUGUGUCCUAUGGAGUUCAAGAGGAGCUGCAGGGCCAGGAGGACAGCCAGGAGGAGGAGAGUGAUGCAACCUCGACGGAGAGCGAAAGUGAAGACACCUUCCUCACCCUGCCUCCCAGGGACCACUUGGGGCUCACUCUCUUCUCCAUGCUGUGCUGCUUCUGGCCUCUGGGUAUCGCUGCCUUCUACUUCUCCCAGGGGACCAGCAAGGCCAUCUCCAAAGGGGACUUCCGCCUGGCCAGCACCACUUCCCGCCGGGCCCUCUUCCUGGCCACCCUCUCCAUCGCUGUGGGGGCCGGUCUCUAUGUGGCUGUGGUGGUGGCUCUGGCUGCUUACAUGUCCCAGAAUGGCCAUGGCUAGUGGUCAGUAGGAUCCUCAUCCUGGCUCUCCCGGUCCGCCAGAGGAAGGUGUAAGGCUUGGAACUGUGUGCUCUAUGGAGAGCCUUGACCCUGAGGUGAACCUGUGUUUGUGGAGGGGAGGUCUCCCAUUCUGCAGCCUACACAGCCCUCUUGCCCACUACUCCCCGUCCCAGAGCAGGCCUGGUAUGGAUGGGAAGCAGGAGAGGCAGGGUUGUCCAACAGGCCUAGCCCAGCCUAGGCUGCCCAUUCCCUACAGGGCCUCGGUCUCACAGGCAGCUCAGUUCUCCUCCUUGCCAGUUUCCCCACAGAGAAAAAGCAGGAGCUUCCGGGGAGGAAAAGGAGUGCCCGAGAAACAAAGGAUGUGGCCAGUUUUUUCAGCCCAUGGGGCUCUCCCCUCUACACAUCUUGAGCAGCUACCCCACCCCCCAUGAUGCCCAAGAUCCACCAAUCAGGAAAGAGCUCCAUGGGCCCCAGCCAUCCCUUGCUCUUUCUGACUCUGGGUACUCCCUUGUUAGCGUGGAAGAUACUCUGCGGCAUCUCCCAGGGUGGAGAUGGCACUGGUGAGUUCUGUGCUAAGAGCAGGUUGCUGGGGGCUUUUCUGUUCCACACAAAAGGCAAGUGCAGUGCCAGAGAGGAUGGAGGCCUGGGAUACCGCAGGACCACGUGGCCCCCUCCCUCUGCCCCUGUUCUUCACUCUCCCAUCCUUUCUGGGCUCUGCUGGGAGGGCCCUGAGAUGGUACCCCACAGCAGGGGAGACUGAGAAGGGUGUUGUUACUCCCUAGCUAGGGCAGGGUCCUGGAUCCAGGCUUAUGGGACAAUAGUGAGAAGGGACUCUGGGAGGUGGGAAACGCAGACAGAGGAGGGACAUGGACAGAUGUGAACGGUGGCGCAGUCAGCAGUGCUUGGGAGGAGGUGUCCCCUGAGCAAAGUCUAGGAGGACUAGCAGAAUCCACCUAAGGGAUUUACUUCUAUGUAACUCUCCAUGCUGGUGGGCAAGGGUGUGUAAGAGCCUCCCAUGGAGGUUCCCAGGCUAAUAGGGUUCUGCCUGGACUAUCCAGUCUGGAGUAAUUUUUGUGCAGCCAUUUCUAAACCCUCCAUCAACCUAAGCAGGAAGGCCAAGCCUUUCUCUCCACCCACGACAUUUUCCCAUCUUUGGACGAUGGGGUAAUGGUGGUAACGGCCCCUGAGCACCUUCACCGAUAAUUGCCACUCAGGACUGCUUUCAAGCCCCUCCACCCCAAGGCAAUGACAGUUUCAGAGACAUCAAGAGCAAAGGACUCGGAGGAGCGGGAAGGCAGGCCCACCGGGAUUCAGCCUGCAGGACUCUUGUGCACGAUUUGGGGAACCUGGCCAUUUCCACGCUCUGGUUCUACCACUCACUGUCCUUGGUUCCCACACCCUCCCCAUUCCCCUCACUGCAGGUGUUGUCCACGCUCCACCCCCUGCACUGGCGGUUUUAAUGUCCCCAUACGGUCUUUAUUUAUCCUGACAAUAAACUUUUCUGUAAUACCUGGUGCCA